CUUAGCGUUAGCAUGUUCAUUCGCUGUAUUUGCUGUGGAGACACCAGCACAGAGGGAAGUUUUUGUCAGGAUCGGACUUGAGGUGUAAAAUGUUGAUUUGAGAAACUGAACACCAUCUGAACAACUUGAUUUGGUAGAAUUCCGAGAUUGGUCGCUUGCUACUUAGCAAACUGUAGAUGCAUAACAACGGUGGCUAUUUAGUUAACUAGCUGGGUAGCUAUCAUUGCCUGUCUGGAUUUCUGUUUCGGAUUUCAGACAUCUAGCUAGCUAGCUAGCCAGCCAUGUAGCUAGCUAGCUAGCUAGUUUGUCUAGCUAGCUACUUAAAAUCUAUCGAGUCCAUUGGAUAUGCCUGUGAAUCUGACUUCAUUAACUUGGCUUUAUAGUUUUAUGACUGACUAGUUGUUUAGCUUGGUAAUCGCAUCUAUCUACGGAAGACUGGGAUUGUAGCUGCCGAUAUAGCUCGUUAGACCGCAGGGAAAAGAGAAAGUAACUGUUUCGGCUCUAUUUUGCUCCAUCGCCGAUAGUUACCGCUUUGAUGUUCCAUGAACCCGUUUCAUUUUUUCUUCGUUCCUUUGCAAUGGUACCCAGUUCUCUGGCGAUGCAUGGAAUUGAAUCAAGACAAGGGAGCGGUGAUAAAUCAGGGCCUUGAAUUAGUUUAUUUAACUAGCUAGCUGGUUUGUUAGGCAAGUUGGGACACUUGACAGUUCUGUGUGAGAAAUCUGGUGUGCAGUUAUGUCAUAGCUAAAGGCACUUUGGAAAUGUCGAGCGAGUAGUUUGUGGAUGGUUUGCUUGGUAGUCAACGGCCAGUAAGCUGCACUUUUUGUUCAAUCCCGUUGCUUAUACGCGGAGCGGUUAGAAUGGGAUUGCUUGCUUGCUAAUUAGCGGGGUAACUUUAAAAGCAAUAGAAAGCAAUACGUUACACGGGUUGACAUCUCUUACGAGGCUGAAUUAAACUCCUUCAGCAUCGAAAAUCGGGCUUAGGCACUGACUGUAAAUUGGCGUUUCACUUUGGGUUUUCACAAGGUUCUACCAACGAAAGAACACCACCUAUUUAAUUUGUUUUUGUAAUAGACUCAUUGCUUUGCUAUGGAGGGUGUUGGUGGGGGUAACCCGCAGAAAGUCACCCCGCUUGCGCGUGAAUUGACAAGGAUCUUUAGCAGUUACAAUAAACACUCCAUACUGCUGAAAAAGAACCUAAAAGAGACCCACGCAUUUUUCCGCGAAAUCAGACAGAACUACAGCAAUGCAUGUGCAUCUGCCGCCAGCUCGGAGGCCGCUGCAUUGGAAGCAGGCCAGCUGAGCUGCAUCUCCUUCCCCCGGCACGAGGAGGAGUUCCUGCAGGCCAGCGUGGGCAGCAGCCCCUACGUCCUGGUCCUGGGGCAGGACUGUGCCGCCCGCUACCAGCUGCUGAACUGCCUCCUGGCGGAGAAGCUGCUGCCCGUGUACGAGGCCGGCGGGGGCUGCGGGGAGGGCGGGGCCUGCAAGCGCAGGAAGCUGUGCUUCACACACGGCCGCCAGACGCGGCUCAGCCUGGCGCUGCCCGGCCAGUACGAGCUGGUGCACCAGCUGGCGGCCCACUGCGGCCGCUGGGACACCGUGCCCCGCGAGGACCUGGAGAUCCACGAGGACUGCCAGGACCCCGCGCACCGGCUGGCCGAGCUGGAGGUCACCCUGCACCACCCCCUGCUGCAGGAGGCUAAGAUCAUGGUGGUGCCCUGUCCCAGUGUGCAGCCCAUCGAGGAGGCCCUGGAGGACUGCCUGCGGAAGGUGGUGCCCAUCCUGCUGUACGCGGCCAACCAGGACCAGCUGACGCCGGCGCAGGUGUGCGAGCUGCAGAAGGUGCGCGAGGCGCUGCCCUUCCCCAUCUGCUUCGUGCGCAUGCCCAGCGAGCACGUCCCCGAGGGCGGGCGCGACCGGGGCGCGCUCCAGAAACAGCUCCUCUCCCUGGGGUUCCUCAGCAGCCCCGCGGGGAACUGCUCCUGCGGGGCCCCUCCCCAGACUGCCCACCCCGCCGCCAAGCCCCAGAGUGCCCUGGGGGACAGCCUGGAGAGACUACACCGGCUCCUGGUCCCCUUCACCAGGCAGGUCCUGCACAACCAGCAGGUGGAGGCGGCCAACCUGCUCAACGGCCUUCACUGCCGCUGCCUGGACCUCUUCAUCAACCAGGCCUUCGACAUGCAGCGGGACCUGCAGAUCACGCCGAGGAGGCUGGAGUACACGCGGGAGAAGGAGGGCGAGCUAUUCUCCUCCCUCAUGGCCAUCGCCAACCGCAAGCAGGAGGAGAUGAAGGAGAUGAUCGUGGAGACGCUCGGCAGCAUGAAAGAGCAGCUCCUGGAGGACGCUGCCAACCUGCAGUUUACAGACGUUAUCGUUACACCCAACGGGGACCCAGUGACCUCCAAGGACAUCAAGUCCUGCAUCCAUCAGAUCCAGGAGCUGAUCGUGGUGCGUCUCAACCAGGCCGUGGCCAAUAAGCUAAUCAGCUCUGUGGACUAUCUGCGGGAGAGCUUCGUGGGAACACUGGAACGCUGCCUGAACAGCCUGGAGAAGUCCACCACGGAGUCUUCUGUGCACAACGUCACCUCCAACCAUCUCAAGCAGAUUCUCAACGCUGCCUAUCAUGUCGAAGUCACAUUCCAUUCUGGGUCUUCAGUUACGCGGCUAGUGUGGGAGCAGAUCAAACAGAUCCUGCAGAGGUUAACGUGGGUGAACCCGCCCGCCAUCACGGCGGAAUGGAAGAGGAAGGUGGCGCAGGACGCGAUCGAGAGCCUCAGUGCCGCCAAACUGGCCAAGAGCAUCUGCUCUCAGUUCCGCACGCGCCUCAACAGCUCCCACGAUGCCUUCGCUGCCUCCCUGCGCCAGCUGGAGGAGGGUCACACAGGCCGGCUGGAGCGGACGGAGGACCUAUGGCUGCGCGUCAGAAAAGACCACGCCCCCCGACUGGCACGCCUCUCUCUGGAAAGCCGGUCACUCAGAGACGUUCUGUUGAACGGAAAGCCUAAACUGGGCCGGGAGCUCGGGCGGGGCCAGUAUGGGGUGGUGUACCUGUGUGACAGCUGGGGAGGCCAUUUUCCCUGCGCUCUCAAAUCCGUCGUUCCCCCCGACGACAAACACUGGAAUGACCUGGCGUUGGAGUUUCACUACACCAGAUCUCUGCCGAAGCACGAGCGGCUGGUGGACCUGCAUGGCUCGGUCAUUGACCACACGUACGCCGGGGGCUCCAGCAUCGCUGUGCUGCUCAUUAUGGAGCGGCUGCACCGGGACCUCUACACCGGCCUCAAGGCGGGGCUGUCCUUGAGAGAGCGGCUGCAGAUAGCGUUGGACGUGGUUGAAGGGAUCCGGUUCCUGCACAGCCAGGGGCUUCUGCACAGAGACAUCAAGCUAAAGAAUGUUCUACUGGACAAACAGAACCGUGCGAAGAUCACGGACUUGGGGUUCUGCAAGCCCGAGGCCAUGAUGUCAGGCAGCAUUGUGGGAACGCCUAUCCACAUGGCGCCAGAGCUGUUCACAGGGAAGUAUGACAACUCUGUGGAUGUGUACGCCUUUGGCAUCCUCUUCUGGUACUUGUGCACCGGCUCGGUAAAGCUCCCAGAAGCCUUCGAGAAAUGCGCCAGCAAGGAUCAGUUGUGGAACAAUGUGAAGAAAGGUGCUAGGCCGGAGCGGUUGCCCGGUUUUGACGAGGAGUGCUGGCAGUUAAUGGAAGCCUGCUGGAAUGGAGACCCAUCCCAGAGGCCCCUGCUGGGCAUUGUGCAACCCAGUCUGCAAAGCAUCAUGGUCCGUUUGUGCACUACAGGGUCUGACGGGAAGAGCACCGGUUUGGAGGACUCUACUUGAAUGGAGGAAGGAAGGGACGAUGACUGUGUGGCAGAUAAAUGUUAAUUUUUGUCUGAAUUUGAACACUGAACAAGCUUGAGUUCUGUUGGUCCAGAGAGCACGGUGAAUAAACACAACCAAGUCGGAUGUUUUUUCCAUUCCAAGUAAGUUAAUGUAAACACGGUUUGAGAAAGACCUGAACAAAAUGCAACACUUACACAAGUAUUUGUUUAUAUAUGUUUUUGUGUCUUGUAUUUAUAUAUAAAUUCAGGCAUACACUAUGCUUCUUUCAUAGCAUGCAUGCUAAUGCCUGCUUCUCAUCAGAUUAUUAGCUACUAGGGUAAAACAUUGUUUUAAAAGUAGUAAGAUUCCCAGUAUUAUAAAAAAGACAGUAAUUUUAGUCUGUAUUUAAAAAUGAUAUUGGAGUAUUACAUAUAUUAUAAAAUGACUUUUUUAAUAAAAUGACUUUGACAAGUGA